AUGUCCUGCUACGACCAGUGCCUGCCAUGCCGGCCCUGUGGCCCAACCCCGCUGGCCAGCAGCUGCAAUGAGCCCUGCGUUAGGCAGUGCCAGAACUCCACCGUCGUCAUUGAGCCCUCUCCCGUGGUGGUGACCCUGCCCGGCCCCAUCCUCAGCUCCUUCCCGCAGAACACCGUUGUGGGAUCCUCCACCUCUGCUGCCGUUGGCAGCAUCCUCAGCUGUGACGGAGUCCCCAUCACCUCCGGGUGCUGUGACCUCUCCUGCAUUACCAGCCGCUACUGUGGCAGAAGGUGCCUGCCCUGCUAA